UGUAAACAAUUUAUACAUAGCAUAUUACACAUUUGUAUAGUCAAAAUAGGCCCACUAAAAGAACAUAAACAUUUUAUCAUUUUGCUAAGUGUGUGAGAAUAAAUUUGCUGUCUGGGCCAGAUGAUACCUUUGAGGUUGAAUAUAAAUAGGUGUGUGGCUGAAUAUAUAUCUUUGGAGAUCGAAAGUGAGAAGAUGCAGCAAACAUAUGUCGACAGCAUACAACAGUUUGACCCUCAAUAUAUAUGCAAGUUUACGGUAUCAACAUUUUUAAAAUAAAAAUAUGAUGUGCGAAUAUUUUAUACUACUCAGAAUUCUAGGUAUGAUGUGCAAAUAUUUAAUAUACUCAGAAUAUAAUAAUCUCAUAAUUUAUUCAUCAACCUUGGUUACGUUUUCAAACCAAACAAAAAAAAAAUAGAUGAUUUUGUCAACUAUUUGCGUUUGGUGAAAUAGCAUGAUAAAAAGAUUUUCAUUUAAGUUUAUACAAAGUAAUUAGUUGUGUAACGGUAGAAUUAAGGUUGAUAUCUCCAAAUAUACCAUGAUCAUAAUUAUAGUUUAUGACCCAAUAAAUACAAUUAAUAGCCAAAUUUAUGAUUUCUUACAAGUUACAGAUGAUCACUCUGAUACUAUGUAUCUUUUCAAGUUUCUAUACCAUAUUAUCUUGCCACACAACUUGUUUUCAGGUGUUUCAUUUCUUUACUGCCUGCAAAAAUGUCUACUGGAGGUGAUGGAGGAGCAAAGAAAGCUGAAUCCCAGGGUGGCGGUGGUGGUGGCGGUGGAGGAGGAGGAGCAAAAAAAGUUGAAUUAAAGCCACAUCCGGUCAUGGAGCAGCUUGCCGAUGUUCAAUGCUGUGUACAAAGUCACCCUCCUUGGUUUGAAGCAGUGUUGUUAGGGUUCCAGCAUUACAUUUUGGUUCUUGGUAUGACAGUUUUGAUUCCAAGUAUAUUAGUUCCGCAAAUGGGUGGUGACAAUCUUCACAAGGCUCAGGUGAUACAAACACAGCUCUUCCUUUCAGGAUUGAAUACACUAGCACAAACCUUAUUUGGUACCCGGCUUCCAUCAAUAGUCGGUGGUUCAUAUGCAUUUACAAUUCCCAUAACUUCGAUCAUCCAAGCACAAAGAUAUCAGAGAAUAAAAGAUCCCCACGAGCGGUUUAGCCAGACAAUGGCAGGGAUACAGGGUGCUCUUAUUGUUGCCGCGGCUUUCCAGAUGAUUAUGGGUUUUUUUGGAUUGUGGAGAAAUGUUAUAAGGAUUCUUAGCCCUCUAUCAGCUGUUCCUCUUGUUACAUUUACUGGUCUUGGACUCUAUUAUCUUGCAUUUCCAAUGCUGGCAAAAUGUAUCGCGAUUGGGCUACCAGAGUUGGUAAUAAUGAUUGCAAUCUCACAGUACCUUCCUCCAUAUAUAAAAUCGAAAAGACCUUUAUGUGAUCGGUUUGCAGUGCUAGCCUCUGUUGCAAUUGUAUGGAUUUAUGCAGGCAUUCUUACUUGGAGUGAUGGUCCAAAUAAGAAAUCUACGGAUGCUUUAACUAGUUGUCGCACGGAUCGUGCUGGACUUGUCAAUGCAGCUCCCUGGUUUUAUUUUCCUUACCCUUUCCAGUGGGGGGCUCCGACAUUCACAACCGGAGAAGCUUUUGCUGUGAUAGUCUCCUCUUUUGUUGCUUCUAUUGAGUCUACUGGUACAUUUAUUGCAACAGCGAGGUAUGGAAGUGCAACACCUGUGCCACCAUCUAUUAUGAGCCGCGGUAUAGGCUGGCUGGGGAUCGGAACUCUACUCAAUGCAUUCUUCGGUAGUGUGACGGGAUCUACAGCAUCAGUAGAAAAUGCUGGCGUGUUGGCACUAACAAGAGUUGCCAGUCGAAGAGUUGCUCAGAUUUCAGCUGGCUUCAUGAUUCUAUUCUCUGUCAUAGGAAAAUUUGGAGCAAUUUUCGCAUCAAUUCCAAUGCCAAUAGUAGCAGCAUUAUACUGCAUACUCUUCGGAUACGUUUCUUCUGCAGGACUUGGUAACCUUCAGUUCUGCAACAUCAACAGCUUCAGAACAAAAUUUAUAUUAGGCUUUUCUUUCUCCCUUGGUCUCACAAUUCCUCAGUACUUCAGAGAGCAUCAAAUCAUCUAUCAAUACGGUCCCAUACACACAAAUGCCAAAUGGUUCAAUGACAUGAUAUCUGUUUUCUUCGGAUCUCAUGUCACAGUGGCUGCUUUUGUGGCGUUAAUUCUGGAUCAAACUCUUCCUCGCGGGAGCGAUGAACAGCAAAAGGACAGUGGAUUGCAUUGGUGGGAGAAAUUCAGAUCAUACAAGUCAGAUCUUAGAAGUGAUGAAUUCUAUAAGCUGCCAGGCAACCUUAACAAGCUUUUCCCUCCUUUAUAAUUAUAAUUAUAACUGUAUACAAAUUUAUCAACAUAUGCAUGCAUGAAUUUACAUGUUUACUUCAUUUAACAAUUUGAGAUUCCAAACCUAUGAUGUUAGA